UAUAACCAAAUCAAUUCUUUUAGAUUAAAAAAGGAAUGAUUCUCUUUUAAACUCUAAACUCUAAAGCAACCUCUAUGCCAUUCAAUCAUACUAAAUCUCACCACAUAUAAAACCAACACCAAGAAAUUGACAGGCAUCAUUUCUUCAGGAAUUCUUACUUCUUUUGAAGAAAAAAAGAAUAACCCAAAGCAAGCUGAUAUAAAUGGAAACUAAACGUUCUUACGAUGAGGAGUUUGAACCCCUGUGCAGAUGGGGAAAAGAAGAACACCAAUACAUUCUCGAAGUCCAUGUCCAAGGUUUCAAGAAAGACCAGCUAAAGAUUGAACUCACCACUGGUGCUGUCCUAACAAUCUCUGGAAAUAUAUCUAUUAUAAUUAAUUUCAUCAAUUAUUUUUUUGUAGGUUUCAAGAAAGACCAGCUAAAGAUUCUAUUCAACACUAGUGGUGUUCUAAAAAUCACUGGAAAACGUCCGAUCUAUGAUCCUAAAUUCAUCCGGUUUCAGAAAACAGUUAACGUUCCAAAGGAUUGCAGAACAAUGGAUAUUCAUGCGAGGAUAUCCGGUGGCAUUCUUUACAUAACGAUGCCAAGGAAAAUUCCGAAGGAUCAGCCUGCAAUCACAACUGGAACAGCUGCGUUGAAUGGAAGGGGUAGAAAUACAGCUCGGCGACUUGGGGUGGCGAUUGGUGUGGCGGUGGCGGUGGCCGUUGGAGGAUAUCUAGCGUACAAAUUUCGACGGUGUUUUCAAUUAUUGUGAGGAUUACUUAAUACAUACAGAUUGUUGUACAUUUGAACAAGUCUCAAACUGAAACAGGGGUGUAUUAAUUUCUAAUCCUUUGAAAUGAAUAAUGUGUUGAAAUGAAAUUAA